AUGGAAUUGUUCGUUAGUGUGAGUGGUGAUUAUGCCGAGUUACGUUCUUAUUACCUUGCUGUAAUGCGUAUUUUGUACACGUACAGGCUAGUGCCCAUGGCUUUGCACUUCAGAUUUUCGGCGCCUGCUGUUAAUGUACAGGCAACAAUUAGUAAAACAGCAGAAAAUCCAUCGAGUUCUAGAAUGGACACAGAUAUUACUCCUAUUAAUACGAAUCAACAACAUUCUCAAGCUUUUUAUCCAACUCCUGGUUCGUUACCCGAUAGUGCAAGCAAGUCGUCAAAAGGCGCGCGAGCGCUACUAAUGCGGUUAUUAGAAAGAAACCCUAAAGCUCGAAUGCGAAAUUUGCGGCAGUUACAACAAUCUGCAUUUUACAUGGGAUUUAAUUUUGAACAUAUAAAAGCUAAAAAGGUGACACCUAAAUCCAUUUUAGAAAAGCACUUUAGUAAUUGUAACUCCGCCGAUCUACAAGAUGUAUCAACGGAUGAUAAACAAUUUACAGAAUUUGACCAACCAGCUAUAUUAUUAUAUGAA